AUGUCGACUCUCUCGAAGCAGCAAGAGCAGGGCGGAGAUGAGCCAGAGUUGAGUGAGUCGGAGCUUGACAGCUACAUCAUCUCUGUUCCAGACCUGAACAAGUCAAAGAAGUCCAGCAAGCCAAGCAAACUGCCCGCCACUCCAAAGAAGGGCAAUAAGAAGGUCCAGCCCGUCGUUGAUGCCAGUACUCCGAGCACCGUCAACUAUAGCAGUCCCGCAAAGUCCUACACAAGUACAUCCACCCCAGAGAAAGAAGGGACCCCUAGUAAGAAGAAGAACAUUGGCUGGUUCGGCACUGACGCCAGAGUGUUCAGUAGCCCCCUCAAGGGCUCUUCCCGGAAGGCCUAA